AUGAGUGGUUUCAAGAAGUUUACAGAUCAUCUGCAGGCUCUAAAAAGUCGAGUGUUGAAGGAGAACGCGGACAGAGACUCAUGCAGUGAGGAUCCGCAGAGGGGGCCGGGGGGGAUUCCUCUGGUCAGGAAGGUGUGCUAUGCUGUGGGGGGGGUCCCGUACCAGAUCACCACAGCAGCCAUCAGUGUUUCACUACAGAUAUUUCUACUGGACGUCGUGGAGAUGGAGGUGUCCUCUGUGUCGGUGGUUCUGUUUGCCAGCCGGGCCUGGGACGCAGUGACGGACCCCCUGGUGGGAUAUCUGGUGAGCCGCAGCCGCUGGACGCCCAUCGGAAGACUCUCUCCAUGGUUGCUGCUCUCCACUCCCUUCUCCAUCCUGUCCUACCUGCUGCUGUGGUUUGUCCCUCAGGGGUCCACGGCCCUCACCUUGAUCUGGAGCCUCACCACAACCUGCCUGUUUGAGACCCUCAUGAGUUGUUACCACGUACCCUACGUCUCCCUCAACAUGUUCCUGGGGGGGGGCAACAGAGACAGAGACUCCGCCACGGCCUACAGAAUGAGCGUGGAGGUGCUGGCCAUGCUGUUAGCCUCUGUGAUUCAGGGUCAGGUUGUGUCUGUUUACAAUGCAGAGAAACAAGAAGCGUGUCAACAUCUGGACCCUGAGACAACAUCAGCUUCACCUCAAGCUGCUCUGCUCCAGGAAACGCGGAAGGCGUUCCUGACCUCGGCUCUGGUGAUGGGCUCCGUGUUCUUCCUCUGCAGCGUCGUGCUCUUCUUCGGGGUGAAGGAGCAGCGAGCUCUGGUCUCUGAGGACAGACAGCGUCCCUCCUGUGUCUCGUCUCUGAAGAAGAUGAUCCGUCACGCUCCGUAUCAGCGGCUGCUGCUCGGCUCUGUGUUCAGCGUGCUCGCCUUUCAGAUGUCCCUGGGUAAUUUUGCCCUCUUCUGCAGCCAUGCAGCGGGUCAGGGGGGGCAUUUCCAGCUCCUCCUGCUGGUUCUCCUGGCCUCUGCCUCGGUAGCAGUCCCUCUGUGGCAGACGGUUCUUCUGAAAAUAGGGAAGAAGGCCACCGUCUUCCUCGGACUCUCGCUCUUCAUCCCACCGGUGGUAAUCGUCGCCUGCGUCCCCUCUAACCUCCCCGUCUUCCUGAUGAUGUGCGUCCUGAUGGGCUUCAGCAUGGCAACCAUCUUCCUGCUGCCCUGGUCGAUGCUCCCAGAUGUGGUGGAUGACUUUGCGGUGAAGAACCCGUCCUGCAGAGACCUGGAGCCGCUGUUUUUCUCCUGUUAUGCUUUCUGCAGUAAGCUGGCAGGAGGCCUGUCUGUCGGCAUCUCCACCCUGAUUUUACAGUUUGUGGGUUACAGAGCGGGUGCGUGUCAUCAUGGGGAGGGGGUGGCGACGGCUCUGAUCGUGAUGUUCUCCCCGGUGCCCGUCGCUCUGCUGCUGAUCGGGAUGUUCUUCUUCUACUCGUACCCGAUCAAUGAGAGGAAGGGUCUGCAGAUCCAGGAACAGCUGACCACAGAUCAGUAA